AACAUUUAGUACUUCUCCGUUUUCCUUUGUAGCUCAAUGGAGUCUCUUCCAGGAAACACAAGAAUUCAAUCCUCCAUUUUCAUUCUUUUUCCUUUUUAAAUUAUAAAUAUACGUAUAAGUCACAGACAGAUUAGUUGCUCUUUUAUCCAUUUUUGGUGGUGUAUGUACAUAUACACUGUUUUUAUACAUACAAAACUGUCAUGUACUAGGGUUUUAGUAUUAUCCUGCAGAUUUGAAAUUUUAACUUGAAGCCAUAGCCAAGGGUGUGCAUUGAGUUCGGGGCUACACUAUCCAAGUAUUUUGUUUUUGGAGAUAGAGAGCAAAAAGUUUUGGACAGAGAUUUCGCAAGGGUGAAAAACGGAAGAAUUUCGCAGAACGGAAUACUGAAGUGUUAAGAGACAAACAUUUAUAGAGAGACAGAGUUUCAGUUUUGGGGGUGGGGUGGAGUUAGGGUUUGUGUUUAAGAGGGAAAAAUUUAGAGAGGAAAAGCUCGAGCUGCGUUUUUGAGAGUGUGCGUGCUUUUUGGGUGUGAUGCUUGAGAAAUGGAGAUGGUGAACCCGCAGCCAUUGCAAGCGCGAUCAUUCGGUGGUAAAGGUUACGGACUAGCGCAGAUACCGAUGCAGAUCGACAAGGACGAAUUAGAUGGACGCCAAAUUGACACCAUGAACGGUGUGGAAGAAACUGGGGUAAGCUCCGUAAACUAUGGUGAUGGAGCUGUUGCGCGGACGAAUCGAACCAGUGAGCUCACUGUAGCGUUUGAGGGCGAGGUCUACGUCUUCCCUGCCGUUACACCUCAAAAGGUGCAAGCUGUGCUAUUACUUCUGGGAGGGGCUGAUACACCUACUAGUGUACCUAUAACCGAUUUUCUGCUGCAACAGAACAUCAGGGUUGUAGGUGAGGCUUCACAAGACUCGAAACUUUCUAAAAGAAUUGCCUCAUUGGUGAAGUUUCGUGAAAAGCGGAAAGAAAGGUGUUUCGAGAAGAAAAUUCGAUACAGUUGCCGGAAAGAAGUUGCACAGAGGAUGCACCGAAAGAAUGGACAGUUUGCAUCAUUGGUGGAGUGUCAUGAUAUUGCUGCUGGAAACUGGGAUCCAAAUGUGAGGACACCUUCUGAAUCUUGUUCUGGGAGAUGUCAGCAUUGUGGGGUCAGUGAGAAGUUCACCCCAGCAAUGCGUCGGGGUCCAGCUGGUCCAAGAUCACUUUGCAAUGCGUGUGGCCUUAUGUGGGCAAACAAGGGAACUUUGAGAGAUCUCACGAAGAAUGGGAGGAACAUUUCUUUCAAUCAGAGUGACCUGGAAACACCUACUGACUUAAAACCUUUGGCAAUAUUAACGGAAAGCUUUUGUACUGACAGAAAAGAGCAGGGAAGCCCAGAGGAGACUAAACCUGUUGCUCUAGCCUCUAAGAAGAACUCUGUUGGGCCUCAAAUACCGGGUUUGCUAGAUAUUGAUGAAGCUGCUAUUCAUACUUUGCCCAUAGAAAUGGAGAAUCCAUCCAUUGACCUUGAGGAAGAGGAAUUGCAGGAAACUCUAAAUGAGCUAGCCAAUACUUCAGGUUCAGAGUUUGAGAUCCCUGCAAGUUUUGAUGAGCACGUGGUGGUUUUUUAGCAACCUGGAAUCAACCAUAUAGGAGACUAACUGUAGGCUUCAGCUGGGUUUAAAAGCUCUAAAUGUUGGUUACUUCUGCAAGUUCAUGAAUACAAAAACUUACAGGUUGUUAUCGAUGUUUCCACCGUGGCAACUGAAUGGCCGGGACUUGAGAUCAUGUUUUUUGGCUGUGGUAGUGAACCUUAUAUGCUGUUUAUGGCUUCUCCAUGGUGCAGUUGCAGUUAGAGUCUCUACUAACAUAGAUGUUUUAUGUUCAUAGAAUAUUCUUGCUAUGCAAGUUGCCUAAUAUCUUGGUGUACCGCUGUUAGUUUCUGAUGUCAAUAAUAUUUUGUUUCUUCUUCUCAUGGACGGAUGUUAGUUCA